AUAGCAAACGUUUCCAAUUAGAACUUAGUUCUUGUUCUUCAUUCAGUUGAUCUAUAACUAAAAUAUAGUGGAAAAUUAUGAGUAUUUUGCAGACAUUUUUAAUACUGUCUGCAGUCGUCGUAGGAAGUCGGUCACAAAAUGCUCUAUCAGCAAUGCCGAAAUGUCGACAUGAAGACAAGGAAUGUAUCAUUAAUGUUUGCAACGCAUUCUUUCAACUAUCAGCUAAUGGCGUACCUGAACUUGGUCUCGUACCAACCAAUCCAUACGAAAUCAAAAACGUGAAUGUGGAAACGGGUGCCGAAAAUACUCCAAUCAACCUAAAAAUUCAAUUUAAGCGAGCCAAUAUGACCGGAAUUUCCGAUUACAAAAUCAACAAAAUUAUAGGCUUCGAUAAAGAUCCGAGGAAGUCAAAAUUCGAACUGUAUGGAUCCGUUAAAUUGGCUAGUUUAAGUGGACCAUAUCGAAUUUCUGGGAAAUUUUUACUGUUACCCGUAUCGGGAAAUGGUCACGCAGAUAUAUUUUUUGACAACCUUAAAUUGAAAGUGGUUAUGAAACUCGAUGUUGAGACAAGGGAUGGCAAAGAUUAUUUAGCGCUGAAAAAAAUGAUAAUAACCAUGGAACCGGAGAAAAUGCGCGUAAAUUUUGAAAAUCUCUUCAACAACAAAGAAUUGAGCGAUAACAUGAAUGCAGUUCUCAAUGAAAAUAAUGAUGUUCUGUUCAAAGGAUUACAGGGGCCAAUGCAAAAUGUUUUGGGAGAUGCUAUGGCUAAGAUUUACGUACCGGUUGCUUCAAAGAUUCCAUAUGCGGAUUUUUUCGACAAAGAUGGUUAAUUUGACUGUAAAAUUUACUAUUUAAAUAUAAGCGCAGCAAAUACUGCAA